CGCCGUGUCCGCCUCGGGCUGCGCCCCUGCGCUGCGCGCUGGCGACCCGGCGCUGGCGCUGCGCUGGGCGAUGUGAGCCGCUGCCUGUCCAGCCGGGGCUCUGGCGAGGAAACUCACUUCAAAAGCAGCUGCACCGAGGGGGAGAUUAAAGCCUUUGCCGCCUUCCAAUCAAAUGGGAGCCCGAGGAGGGUGCGUAUGAGGAACAGGAUUGAGGGAGUGACUAGAAGGCGCAGCGGCGGGAGUCCGGACAACGGCCCGACUUUCGGCUCCAGGGGUGCACAGGGGACCCACACACCAAAUACUCUGUCUCGCUCAGUAAUUGAAAUCUCUCGCGGCGCGGCCGCCUGGAAUCGACGGGAUUUCUCUGCGGUUUGCGCCUCCAGGAUCCGAAUAAAUGCAGCUCGCAGGCAUCCGGCAGGAAACGGCUCCCGGUUCGAGUGUAUGCAGACGCAUCGGCCCAGCGCGGGACGCGAGGUGGCUCCUGGUGAUCUUGCGGCUGCAGGUCCGGCCUCCAAAGGAGACUGGGCUGUGAGCGCCCUCAGGCCGGGGGCGGCCCCUUGCUGCCCCGCAGUGCCCGGCAGCCCCCAUCCCUGGGGGGGGGGGGGUGUGCUUCGGGAACCCGCCGGGCGGAGUCCGCCCUCGGCAAAAACUGAAAGCAAAUGCCGAGGCAAAAGAAGCCCGAACUUUCUUCGACGCAACUUUGCCACAACGAUCCGGUGGCGACUUAGGCAGGACCGCGCGCUGGUGCGUGCGCGCGCGCAAGGUGGGGGCGCCGGCUGAAGGAGGCUUGGGGCGGCCGAGCCUGGCCCGAGGCGAAACCCUAGGGAAGGCGCCUCCCCUUCCUUAUUUCUCGCCAACCCCUCGGCCUCCGUCGGUAAAAAAAUAGUUUCCAGUGGGCAGCGGACGCCCAGUAUGUGUUGGUGGGGAUCGCACCAGGGAGAAGGAAGCUUUGUAAAAGUUGCAGAAAGAGCUCUGCCCAGAAGCGUCCGCCCAGCAGGGCUCGCAGGGAAGGUCGGGGGACCAGCUCGCCUUCUCCGGGGCGGGAUGCCUAGCAAUCGGCUUGGGGAACCCCUGGCCCAGUCCUCUCCGCUCACCUCGAACCCCCGCGUAAAUAACCCCCGGCGGGCUGCGCUGGAAACUUAGAGGCGCGGCGCCGCGGUUGGCGGGCGAGGCCCGGACGUUGAGCCGGCCCGCAAGGCCGCUUCUGGGCGCGCUCGGGCCCGGCCCUAAGACAGGCUUGCACGGGGGUGAGAGGACGAAGGUGGUUUCAGCUCCCGCCCGGCUGCCUAGACCGUCACCGCCGACCUCCCAGCUCCCUGGAGCGGGCGCUUCCCCCCUGGGAGCCGCGGCCUUGGGGGGGCCGGCGAGGGCGCAAAGUGCGCGCGCGGGCCGGCGCGGGGGUGGGGGGCGGCUGCCGGUCUCUCCGCGGGGCCUGUCGCCGGGCUGGCCGCGGCGGGUGAGUGAUGAGGGCAGAGAAGGGCGCCCAUAAAUCGCGGGUGUCAGGGCGAAAAACUCUCUUUAUUGUCUGCGUGAUGGAUGGGCCCGGGGACGAGACACCAAAUACUUCGUAUCGCCUUUAAAUGGGAACACAUUUUCCGCGGCCAUAAUUCAUGUUUUUUAAAUAGAAAGUUUGAAAUGUUGCCUAUA